AUGGCAGGGUUCUUGUCCGAGGUUCAAAUCCUGCAGCAGCAGCUGGCCAUGACCCACGGCAACCCCCUGAUCGCGCUUCAAGAAGCUGCAGAGCUGCUGGCGGUCCGCCUGCACGUCGACCUUGUUGCUAUUUGGGCUCUUCCCAAGGACGACCCCUCCUGCAGUGUCCUGAUGGCCACAGUUGGGACCGGCGCGGCUGCGCUGCAGCAGCACAUUGUCAGCCGGCGGCCGCGGGACACGGCGCCAUGCACUCAGGGCGAGUGCGGACCUUGCUUGCGCAACUCAGCGCCUGACCUGGUGGGGGCCUUGCCCGAGGAGCUGACAAGCGGCAAGGGCGCCCUGCGCAGCAUUGUGCGGGUGCCCAUUGGCCCGCCCAACGCGCCGCUGGGCGUGCUGCUGCUCGCAAAGGCCCAGCCUGGCGCCUUCCAGAGCAAUUGGUGGCAGGUGCGCCUGCAGCUGGCGGGGGCGGGGCUGCAGCCGCACCUGUACCACCCGCAGAUCCAGCAGCUGGCCCAGCUGCUGACGAGGAUGGAGGACGAGCAGGACCCAGUGGCGCUCAUCAGCCUGCUGCUCAGGGGCGCGGCACGCUACAUGCAGUCUGCGACCAACAUGCCGGCCACGGCGCGCCUCGCAUUGCUGACCAGCAGCACCACCCCAGAGGGGCCCGAGUCCCUCAUGUUUGAGUGCCCUGCGGCAACCUCUAGUGGCCACUGGCUCGGCGGCGGCGGCGGCGGCGGCGGCGGCGGCGGCGGCGGCGCGCCGCGCGGCAAUGGAGCACCUGCAGGGCCGGACGAGGGCCUUGCAUCGCAGAGCGACGCAGACGCUGAUGUCAUCGCCAGCCGAUUGACCCUGGUCAACACACUGCUGGCGUCUGCCAUUGCUGGGCAACAGGCGCGGUUCAUUGCGGACUGCUCCGCAUACAUGCAGGCCUGCCUGCAGCCUGCGCGCGACCUGUUCACGCGGUCAUCGCAGCUGGUGGCGUCUAUUGUGGUGAUCCCUCUCAUGGCAAGGAGCGACGCGCCUGUCCUGGGCGGCCUGUACUUCACAUUCAACGUGCCCUGCGAUUUUCUGCAGAUCCAGGAGACCGUCCUGGCCCACUGCCGCGCAUCCGCAAGCAGCAUCAGCGCCCCGAUCAGCGACCUGCCCUCCGCCCCCUCUGAGCGCGCGACCAGCGCCGCUGGAGUCGCUGGCGGGCCUGUGCAGGCGAGCAGUUCCCUGUCCAGCUCAGACUUGUCGGAGCCGCCGGUGCGCACCCACUUGGCGAGGCUGACCCAGACGUCCUUGAAGCUGUCGCUGUCUGGCAGCCAGCGGCUCAACACUGAGGCCAUGCUCCAGGUCCUGCAGCAGGGGCUGCGCUCCAAGGAGCAGCGCUCGCUCGCCGGCUCGACAGAUCUUGCAGUCGGGGAGUGCCUCGGACGAGGUGGCUAUGGCACCGUGUACAAGGGGUGGUGGCACAAAGUGCCCGUUGCAGCAAAGGUCAUGCCAGCACGCAACAGCGUGCACGAGGCGAUGCAGGUCGCGACCGAGAUGGCGGUGCUGUCCACGGUGCACCACCCUAACAUCGUCAGCGUCUUCUGCUGCCUCACAGACAUGGUGGAAGCGGCGGACGGCCCGGCCGGCCACAGCACCAGCGCUACUGGUGCUGACAGCAGCGACUUGAGGGUGCGAUACCGCCGGCUGGGCGCCAACGAGGACCCCGAGGGGAGUGAAGCCAUAUUCAAUAUCAUGGUCAUGGAGUUCUGCGACCGCGGCACCCUGUAUGGCGCCAUGAAGGCCGGCCACUUCCACCGCGCCAUGCCCAACGGCGCCAUCGGCGUGGACCUGGCGGCCAUUGUGGCAGUGCUACUGGAUGUGGCCUACGCGGUGCAGUACCUCCACGCGCUGCACCUCAUGCACGGCGACAUCAAGAUGGAGAACAUCCUGCUGAAGACCGACCACGGGCGGCCCCUGGGCUUCACCCCCAAGCUGGCGGACUUUGGCCUGACUCGCAUCCUGAAUGAUGCUGACAACACCGUCAACCUCACAGGGGCCGGCACUGUUACGCACCUCGCACCUGAAAUGUUCCUGGCGGGCAACAAGGUGACCAGGGCUGUUGACAGCUAUGCGUUUGGGGUGCUUAUGUACGAGGUCUACACCAAGAAGCGCGCCUACUCGGGCCUGCCCCGGCAGGCGGUCAUAGAGCGCGUCCACAAGAUGGGCAUGCGGCCCCGCUUCCCCUCCACCACGCCGGCCGCGUUCCUGAAGAUUGCCUGGGCGUGCUGGCACCCUUCGCCGCAGCAGCGGCCCUCCUUCGUGCAAAUAACGCAGGCUCUCGAGCAGCUUGCUGCAGACCUGUGCAGCGGCGACCCCGGCAGUUGA